UUUGUCGAUAUACAAUUAUAAAAUUAAUGCAAAUGUAGUAUAACAUUUGAUUAAGAGUGAAUCAAAGCUAACGUCAAGGACGAUAAAGCAUAUCGUCUUUCACGGCGGUACACUUUACAGAAUAAGCAUUGUUCUAUAUGUAAUCGUUCUAAUCGUCACUAAUAACUUUCGUUGCUAAUACGCUUAUUUAUUAAUCGAUUUAUAACUGAUGAAUCUUUGUAUCAUUAUCUUAUCAUUUCAAUUGCUAAUUGAAGCCACGUCAAUUAUAAACAGUAGGAUAUUAUGUAAUCUAAUGGAUCGAAAUCGCAUCAAAAAAUUUAUUAUUAAAACGGUUGUUUACUGAGCUAGGAUUGUCGAAUAUAGAACACCACGAAAAACAUUGACCUCGACACGCAUACGCAACAUGCAAAUAUGCGGUUGGAUAUCUUUGGUGAUGAUUAUUAUUGGUUUCAGGCUCUCGAUAAUAUAUAAAUGUGAUAUAAACUCUCCAUUCUUCCUUGUAAAUUCAAUUUCAUAUGACAUCUUAAGAUUUUUUAAUACACGUUCAUUGGCGUAACUAACAUUUUUUCUGGGGUGAGCUAACUCAUCUAGCUGCACUAGCAGCAAGGCCGCCACUUGAGUUUGCGGAGCCCACAGCAAUAAAUUGUAAUCGUGUAAGAAGCAUGUUACUGCUAUGCAAUUCAAAUGGCCCGAAACGUAUUCUUUUCUUGCCAAACGAAGAAACUGUUCAAGUCAAGGUUCGCGAGCCUCUUUGAGCCAAAGAAUGAAUUGUUUAUUCUAAGAUCAACAAGUGUUUGUCCAGGGAGCUGCCGCAACACCGGUUGAAUUAUUAAGGGCGAUGACAGAUUACGGUGUGCGAUGUGACGUCAGAAAUGUACGAUUGUAUCAUAUGCAUCUAGAAGGCCCAGCUCCAUUUGCAAAACCAGAAAAUGCAAAACAUUUCAGGUCCAUCAGCUUCUUUAUUGGAGGCAAUGUGAGGCAAGCUGUUCAGGCAGGUACUGCUGACUGCAUUCCAAUUUUCUUACACGAGAUUCCACGAGUGUUCAAUGAAGGACAUGUCAAACCAGACAUUUCUCUGAUACAUGUAUCUCCACCCGAUGAACAUGGAUUUUGUUCACUCGGUACUAGCGUAGACUGUGUUCGGUCUGCUGCGAGCCAAUCUAAAUACAUCGUAGCCUUGGUAAACAAACAUAUGCCAAGAACGUUUGGCGAUGCUAUCAUUCAUGUAAGUCAUUUGGACUUUGCUGUGGAGCAUCACGUUCCACUUCCAGUUCAUGAUGUAAAAAAGCCAUCGAAGGAAGAACAGCAAAUCGGUAAAUAUAUCGCUGAGAAUUUGGUAACGGAUGGAGCUACUAUGCAAAUGGGUAUCGGUAGCAUACCGGACGCGGUACUGUCGCUUCUUGGUAAUCACAAAGACCUUGGAAUUCAUAGUGAAAUGUUUAGCGACGGCGUAGUCGAUCUCGUACACAAAGGAUGCGUUACGAAUAAUCGUAAAACAAUGCACAAAGGCAGAAUCGUUGGUUCGUUUUGCGUUGGCUCUCAAAAGUUGUACGACUUUAUGCACAAUAAUCCUUUUAUCGAAAUGCUGAUGGUGGAUUAUGUUAACAAUCCCAAAAUAGUAGCAAAACAACCAAAUAUGACAGCUAUCAAUUCUUGUAUAGAAGUCGAUAUUACUGGACAGGUGUGUUCUGACAGUAUUGGACCUAAAAUGUAUUCUGGAUUUGGAGGACAACUAGAUUUCAUCACAGGUGCAGCACUUAGUGAUGAUGGUUGUGGGAAACCGAUUAUUGCACUGCAAUCGGUUACUUCCAAAGGCGUUAGUAAAAUUCAGCCCGCCUUAAAGACAGGUGCCGGUGUCGUUACGAACAGAGCAGUUGUUCGUUACGUAGUCACGGAACAUGGAAUUGCUAGUUUGUUUGGUAAAAAUCUUCAACAGCGAGCGUACGAAUUAAUUCAAGUUGCCCAUCCUGAUCACAGAGAGACAUUGGAAAAGUCAGCAUUUGAACGUUUGCACGUUAUGCCAGCACCAUAAGCAUUUCAAUAAAAUCAUAUGAAAAGAAUAUUUCUAAUAGCAUUUUGCAAUAAUUGUUUUUAUUCUUCGCGUAAACAUCGAUCUGCGUUGAAAAAAAACCUAAUAUCUUUGAUUUCGUGUAACUGUCGUGUUUUUGCCAAAAAAGGAGGUGAUAAAUAUGAAAAGCAAAUUUUAAAUGUCGUACAAUAAGGAUCUCGUCUUGCCCUGAAACGAAGAGGGUUUUAUUUUAAACAGAUAAAAAAAUACUCAUUUACAAUUGGUUAAAUGAAAAAAAAACUUUUAGUUUUAAUCAAUAUUCAACUUUAGGAAUAUAACUGAAAUAUUGUUAGUAAUAACCAAAACAGUGUAUAAUAACAAUGAAUAAUUUUUAUAUAAAAUUUAAAAUCGUUCCUCUGUACAAUGCAAUUAAUGUAACGAUUGGAAGUACGUGGCAUUUGAAACAAUAAAUUACAAAUUAAAUGUAUAUAAAUA